GCUCGGCGCUCUAGUUUUGAGCUUCUCCGAGGGUCCCGGCGGCGAGCGGAGACCUCAUGGCGGAGUCGGAACCCCUUCUGAGCCGGGUCCGCGGCGGCAGAGGGCGCGACUGCCCGGCAGGCUCACCCGCUUGCCGCAGCGUCCAAGUCGGCCCUGGGCCCACGACGGGAAGGGACCUGUGCUUGGACCAGGCUGUGGUCUUUAUCGAAGACGCGAUCCAGUAUCGCUCCAUUAACCACCGCAUGGACGCCGGGUCGAUGUGGCUCUACCGCUGGUAUUACUCGGACACGUGCCAAUGGAUUCUGAGCUUCGUCAUUUUCUUGAUCCUGUCUCUGGCUUUUAUUGAAACCCCUUCCUCGCUCACCCGCACCUCGGACGUCCGCUAUCGCUCGGAGCCCUGGGACCCCCCCUGUGGCCUGACAGAGAGCAUCGAGGGCCUUUGCCUGCUGGUCUUCGUGGCCGACCUGUCCGUGAAGAGCUACCUGGUAGGGUGGACCCAGUUCCGGAGGAGUCUCUGGCUGCUGGCCUACCUUGUGGUGCUGGCUGUGUCUCUCGUGGACUGGACGGUGUCGCUGGGUCUCGUGUGCCAGGAGCCCCUGCGGCUCCGGCGGCUCCUGCGGCCCUUCUUCCUGCUGCAGAACUCCUCCAUGAUGAAGAAGAUGCUCAAGUGCAUCCGGUGGUCGCUGCCGGAGAUGGCCAGCGUCGUGCUGCUGCUGGCUCUGCACCUGUGCGUCUUCACCAUGCUCGGGAUGCUGCUCUUCACCGGCGAGAAGCAGGACGAUGGGGAGGACAGGGAGAGGCUGACCUACUUCCGCAACCUGCCGGAGGCCCUGACCUCGCUGCUGGUGCUGCUGACCACUGCCAACAACCCCGACGUGAUGGUUCCCGCGUAUUCCAAGAACCGGGCCUACGCCAUCUUCUUCAUAGUGUUCACCCUGAUCGGAAGCUUGUUUCUGAUGAACCUGCUGACGGCCAUCAUCUACAACCAGUUCCGGGGCUACCUGCUGAAAUCUGUCCAGGCCUCGCUGUUCCGGAAGCGGCUGGGGACCCGGGCCGCCUAUGAGGUCCUCUCCACAACAGCGGAGGGAGGAGUCGGGGUGAAGGCCCAGGCCCUCCUGCAGGUGCUGCAGCGGGUCCAGGUGGACAACACCCGGAAGCAUGCCGUCAUGCAGAGGGUGCGCUCCUAUGGCAGUGGCCUGCUGUCAGCCGACGAGUUCCAGAAACUCUUCAACGAGUUUGACAAAAGGGUGACUAAAGAGCACCCGCCGCGGCCCGAGUACCAGUCCCCGUUUCUGCAGAGCGCCCAGUUCCUCUUCGGCCACUGCUACUUUGACUACCUGGGGAACUUCAUUGUCCUUGUGAACCUCGUGUCCAUCUGUGUGUUUCUGGUGAUAGACGCGGACGUGCUGCCCCGUGACCGCGAUGACUUCAUCCUGGGGAUUCUCAACUGCGUCUUCGUCCUCUACUACCUGGCGGAGAUGCUGCUCAAGGUGUUUGCGCUGGGCCUGCUGGGGUACCUGUCCUACCCCAGCAACGUGUUCGACGGCCUCCUCACCAUCAUCCUGCUGGUUUUGGAGAUUUCAACUCUGGCUGUGUACCGAUUCCCACACCCAGGCUGGAAGCCGGAGAUGAAGGGCCUGCUGUCGCUGUGGGACAUGGUGCGUCUGGUGAACAUGCUCAUUGUGUUCCGGUUCCUGCGCAUCGUCCCCAGCAUGAAGCUGAUGGCCGUGGUGGCCAGCACCAUCCUGGACCUCAUCAGGAACAUGCGGGCUUUCGGCGGGAUCCUGGUGGUGGUGUACUACGUCUUCGCCAUCAUCGGCCUGAACAUGUUCCGGGGCGUCAUCUUGGCUCCCCCCGGGAACGGCAGCCUGGCCCCCGGCAACGGCUCGGUGACCUGCGGGAGCUACGAGCAGCUGGAGUACUGGGCCAACAACUUUGACGACUUUGCGGCCGCCCUGGUCACGCUGUGGGACGUCAUGGUGGUGAACAACUGGCAGGUGUUCCUGGACGCCUAUCAGCGCUACGCAGGCCCGUGGUCGAAGAUCUAUUUCGUGCUGUGGUGGCUGGUGUCGUCUGUCAUCUGGGUCAACCUGUUUCUGGCUCUGAUUCUGGAGAACUUCCUUCACAAGUGGGACCGCCGAGGUCACCUGCAGUCCCUCUCCGGGGACCUGGAGGCCACCUACGAGAUAAGCACCGUGGACCUCUUGUUCAGGGAGGUCCUGGAGGAGCCGACGGAAGAGGAGCUGAUGGAGAAGCUGAAACAUCAUCCCCACCUGCAGCUGUGCAGGUGACGUCCAGGUGCGCCUUCCCCGCAGGGGCGGCGGAUGGCGGAGCUGCCUGGGGGCCGACGCCGGUCCUGGGGAGAGGCGUGCGGUGGCCCGAAGGAGAGACUUGCCCUUGGACGAGCCCCUCCGCUCACCUGAGGCUGCGACAGAGCCGGGGCCCUGCCCUGCACGCCGCCCCGUGGACCUGCCGGCAGCCCCGUCCACAGCGUCUCGGGAUGGCCAGCGCUUGGGGCAGCGCCCAGACCAUGUCACUGCGCCGUGCGCGCGGCUUUUACUUGUCUGAACUCGGAGAGAGGGCGACUCCGCGGGGACCUUCACGACGGCCCAGCGAGCAAGGAGCAGCAGCCCCCUCGUGCCCUGCAGUGUCUGCGGUGCCUUCGCUGCCGGUGGCCAUCAGGGACUGGGGCCCCGCGGGGCCCACGCAGGCCCCCGGCAGCUUUUCCAGGCCUUCGAGCUCGGGGUCCUGGCGGUUUCAUGGGAAGUGAGUCCCGACUGUUUACCACUGAAUGGCUUGUGUGAGCGUGAUCAGGUGUGCCUCCUUUCGGGUCAGAUGCCACUACCGGUGAGUCUGCGGAGAAGGAGCUUGUCGCCCCUGCCUCGACGCAGCGCCGGGCCGGCGUCUCCCGGGCCAGCUCCCG